AUGACCCACUCGUGCUGGUCCUCUUGCUGCCAGCCUAUGUGCUGCAGGACCACCUGCUGCCGGACCACCUGCUGCCAGCCCAGCUGCUGUGGGUCCAGCGGCUGUGGACACAACUGUGGUGGGUCUAGCGGCUGUGGGUCGAGCUGCUGCCAGCCUUGCUGCUGCCCAACUUGCUGUCAUACCACCUGCUGCCGGACCACCUGCUGCCAGCCCAGCUGCUGUGGGUGUAGCGGCUGUGGACACAACUGCGGUGGGUCUAGCGGCUGUGGUUCCAGCUGCUGCCAGCCUUGCUGCCGCCCAACUUGCUGUCACACCACCUGCUGCCGGCCCAGCUGCUGUGGGUGUAGCAGCUGUGGACACAACUGCGGUGGGUCUAGCAGCUGUGGCUCCAGCUGCUGCCAGCCUUGCUGCCGCCCAACUUGCUGUCACACCACCUGCUGCCGGACCACCUGCUGUAGGACCACCUGCUGCCAGCCCAGCUGCUGUGGGUCCAGCGGCUGUGGACACAACUGCGGUGGGUCUAGCGGCUGUGGCUCCAGCUGCUGCCAGCCUUGCUGCCGCCCAACUUGCUGUCACACCACCUGCUGCCGGACCACCUGCUGUAGGACCACCUGCUGCCAGCCCAGCUGCUGUGGGUCCAGCGGCUGUGGACACAACUGCGGUGGGUCUAGCGGCUGUGGCUCCAGCUGCUGCCAGCCUUGCUGCCGCCCAACUUGCUGUCACACCACCUGCUGCCGGACCAGCUGCUGUGGCUGCUGCCAGCCUUGCUGCCGCCCAACUUGCUGUCAUACCACCUGCUGCCGGACCACCUGCUGCCAGCCCAGCUGUUGUGGGUCUAGCGGCUGUGGGUCCAGCGGCUAUGGACAAAACUGCUGUGGGUCCCACUACUGCCAGGCAGUUUGCUGUACCCCUGUGUACUGCACGAGAACCUGCUACCACCCCACCUGCUGCUGCCUGCCUGGGUGCCUAGCCCAGGACUGUGGAUCCAGCCGCUGCUAGCCUGACUACUGCCCAAUAUGCUGUCAGUCCACUUGCUGUAGGACCACAUGCUGCUGCCCUUGCUGUGUCAGCUGCUGCAAGCCUUCUUUGUUAUUCAUCUGCCUAUUUAAGAGCUUGUGA